GACAAUCUUUCUUUACGCUCUCAUUCCUCUGACUCUCUGAGUUGAUUUUUGCUAAGCUUGAUACCCACGCGUUGAUCUUGUUUAGCUUGAUCCCGAAGCUACCAUAAACCCUUGCGUUCCCCUUCGAUCCACAGGACCACUGCCAUGGAAGCCGAUGGGCAGAGACUCUACUCUGUUCUUACGAGAACAGAGGUUCGUGAGAAGAUGAUGAAAGAAAUCGUUCAGAUCUCGGAAGUCUUUUCGCUGUCCCAAUCCGAUGCAACCGUAGUUUUAAUCUGUCUCCGUUGGAACCCGUUCAAGGUUUCAGAUCUUCUGGGAGACGACAAGGAGAAAUUUCUGGCGGAAUUAGGGUUAGUUAAUGUUUUCGAUUCCAAUCCAAACGAACCCAACGCUUCUUGUGCGCAUGGAGAUUAUCUAGUCUCCACACCCUUUUGUUCACACAAGUUCUGCACAACUUGUUGGAGAGAUUAUCUCAGCGAGUCUCUGGAGAAGAAGAAGAAGAAGAAGAAGAAGAAGGAUGAUGAGGAAGAGAAAUUAAUAAUCUCUUGCCUCAACCAAGACUGUGUAGCGUCCGUUGGACCCGAUACGAUCGAACAACUCACAGUGCUAGUGAAGGAGAUGUACGAGAGCUACGUUCUGGGAUCUUUCGUGGAUGGCAACAAUGAAACGAUCAAAUGGUGUCCUGCGCCUGGUUGCGAUUACGCAAUAGAGCGUCAUGGUGAGGAUGUAUCAGAACUUGAUUUUGGUGUGGUGUGUUUGUGUGGUCACACCUUCUGCUGGAGUUGCCAGCUCGAGUCACACCGACCCGUGACUUGCAACAAUGCUUCUCUUUGGUGGACUCACCUCUUGGAUCAAUCAAAGAGCGUUUCUUGGAUCUCUGCAAACACCAAACGUUGUCCUGCUUGCAACGGUGUUGUGCACACGAAUGAUGACCCUGAUGUGAGACUCGUUACUUGUAUCUGCAGUUGUAGCUUCUGUUGGCAUUGCUUGCGAUUAGAGGAAGAGCACAUCGAAGGAUGGCAUUGUUUUGAAGUCUCUAUUCCACUUCCACAACCAAGGAAUGACUACGCUCUUACUCAUCACGUGAAUCUCUGGUUGGACAGUGAUGAAGAAAUGGAGAUAUCUAAAUGCGAUCUAAAAGCCAUGGAGCAAAAAAGCAUCCCAAAACUAACCGAGAGCUGCGAUUUAGGAGAGCAAGACAUUAGGGCUCUAAGAGAAGCAUUUUCGCUAGUUGUUCAAUGCAGACUUGUCUUGAAAUGGAGCUGUGUGUUUGACUAUUUCAUAACUGAUUACCAUAGCGCGAAGAAGCAGUACCUGGACCACCUUCGGAAACAAGCUACCGCAAAUCUUCUCAAGCACAAAGAGACUGUGGAGGAGGUGAUGAAUCUAGCCACCUCAGGUCGAGAUAUCGCUUUCUUCAAGCACAUAUUGAGAACCACCACAACAGCAACUGGUAAUUACUUCCAUGACUUUGUCAAGACUCUUGAAGAUGGUCUGUCUGAUGUUAAGGUUGAUGCUUGCGAGGAUGCAACGACUGGUUACUGGUUCUGCGAUCGCUGCACGUUUCAGAACGAUUCGUUUGAUAGAGAGUGUAAGGUUUGCGUUCUACCUUCUCACGUGGCUCUUGGUAACAACAACACUAGUGCAAGUGCUCAUCAUCAACAAGUCCCAAACAAUCCAGUUGCUCUUCAAGGCUCGAGUGAUGAUGAUGAUGAGUGA